UCAGCCAGUAGAGAGGUGGGGGUUGGGGGGACACACCAUGGAGUUCGAAGGGAAGAAAGGAAGAAAGGGCUUUGUGUCUCCUAUCCGCCGGCUGGUAUUCCCCAAGACGGGGCGGCGAUCGACUGGGAGAAGUCCUGUGAACCGACGGCCUCUCCACUCUGUGCCCCUGUAUCCCCCAGACUACCUCAUUGACCCCCAGAUUCUACUGUGUGACUACCUGGAAAAGGAAGUAAAGUUUCUAGGCCACUUAACGUGGGUCACCUCCUCCUUGAACCCCUCCAGCCGGGAUGAGCUCCUGCAGCUGCUGGACACCGCACGGCAGCUGAAAGAGCUGCCCCUGAAGAGCACCCCGGAGCAGGACAGCAUCCUCAGCCUGUCUGCGAGAUGCCUGCUCCUCACGUGGCGGGACAACGAGGAGCUGAUCCUACGCAUACCCACGCACGAGAUCGCGGCGGCUUCCUACCUGCAGGACGAUGCGCUGCAUCUUCUGGUGCUCAAGACUGGCCUGGGCGUGGAUCCAGUGCCCGCUGGUCUAGAAGUGUGCCCUGGGGGCAGGCGGGAGCCUGGGGUGGCUGGCAAAACCCCUGAGAAGAGGUCACCAGGCAGUGGUCCUGAACCUAGACCACCUUCAAGUGGUGUGGAGCGACGCCACACCAUCUGCAGCCUGGACUGGAGGAUGGCUUGGGGGGGUACUGAAGGCCGGGCCACUGGUGGAGGAGGGGGCAGCUUGGAGAGAAAGCAAGGUGCUGGUGAGAAAAAAGCCAUGGGCCGGGCUUUUGGGAGCUGGGAGCGAAGACAGACAUUCAGUGGCAGCUGGGAGCGACGGCAGGGGGGCAAACCUGGGGGCAGUUGGGAGAGGAGACAAGGGAGCAAACCUGGAGGAAGCUGGGAGCUGCGGCAAGGAGGCAAGCCUGGGGGUAGUUGGGAGCGUCGCCAGACCUUCAGUGGUGGCAGCUGGGAGCGUCGACAACCUGGUCUCAACCCCCUGGACCCUCAGGAUCCCAGCCCUGAUGCCUACUGCAAUCUCAUCAUCCUGGCAGUUGCCAAUAGGGAUGCAGCAGAAGAAUCCUGCGCUCUCAUCUGCCAGGUCUUCCAGAUCAUCUAUGGAGAUCAGACCAUCGAGUGUGUGGAUCGAGCUGGCUACCAUUACACCUCCACCCCCGAACGGCCCUGGCUUAUCAGCCGCAGUGAGAGCUGCCGCACAGAUGGGACCUAUGGCUAUGAUGCUGAUUUCAGUUGCUGCAGUUCUUUCAAUGGCUCCCACGACACCUUCGAAGCUUAUUAUAGUGGCACAUCCACACCCUCCUUCCAGGAAUCUCACUGCAGCGAGAGUGACGGCAGCAGCCUGGGUCUGGAGCAGCUGCAGGACUAUAUGGUGACGCUGCGAAACAAGCUGUCGCCCCCUGAGAUCCAGCAGUUCGCUUUGCUGCUACGAGAAUACAGGCUGGGGCUAUCGGUGCAGGAGUACUGCGGGCACCUUCUGCGGCUCUAUGGGGACAAGAGGAAGUUCCUUCUCCUGGGGAUGCGGCCCUUUAUCCCGGACCAGGACAUCGGCUACUUUGAAGGCUUCCUGGAGGGCGUGGGCAUCCGCGAGGGCGGCAUCCUCACCGACAGCUUUGGCCGGAUCAAGCGAAGCAUGAGCUCCACGUCGGCCUCCGCCGUCCGCAGCUACGACAGCCGGGCCCCCCGCCCGGAGGCCGAGGCCUUCAAUCGCAUCCUCACCGGCAUCACCCAGGACAUCGAGGCCCUGGCCCAAGAGGGAGAGGAGGAGGGCAGCGGGGAGGAGGGCGGGAGCGCGGGGAGAGCCGAGGAAGGAGAGGACAACUACCUGUGAGAGCCCCUCCCCGAACACCAGCAGAGGCCCUGACGGAAGUGGGGGAUGCAGGACAUCCUGGGAGAUUUUCACUGGUGCCGGAUGAUGAAACACUAUUAGGUUCAAAUUGGGACAAAUAACCUAACCUAACCCUCAUCUGCAAAAUGGGGGGAUUGAGACUAGAUCAGAGGUUUUUAGCCAGGGGUUAGCGGACAAAGUCCAUAAAUACAUUUCAGAGGGAUUAAGAUGGGAAAAGAAUAGACAUAAAAUGGUCAAGAAUCUCUGUGACAGAUAGUCACUAGGUCCUGUUGUGAUUUUUAUACUCAGAACAAACAGAUAACCCAUUUAAAAGCAUUUAAAAUGUUCCCAGACUUGAAAUGGGGGCUGGGUGAGAGAGUUUGAGGAGGGAACGGGGACUUCAAUAAAAGAGAUAGCCCGAGGAACUCCCGAAGCAGCCCUGACAAGGGAGCCAGGACCCUGGGGUGGCCCCUUGCCUUAGCGGGGGAAGUUCUCGUCACCCGGCCACCCCUUUCCCUUUAGGACUACAGUGCCUCUGCAGCUCCGGGUUUUGCCAGCAGGGGGACUGUGGGUCUGGUUCUUAGUCACUCAUGGUUUAUGAACUACCUCACCACAUUCUCAGCAACCCAGGCUGAUAGUGUCCCUUUGGUGGGGGAAGGGAGAAAGGAGAAGGGGCUCCUUGAAAAAACUCUCUUAGUUCCCAACUUGCAUCAGCUUAGAUACUCUGAGAGGGCAAACUGGACACGAAUCUGAAUAGGACUCAGGUGAUCCUCUCUCUCCUAAUAGGAAGAUGAACCAUGGGAAAACCUACAGGACUUUAAGGGAGACAUUAUCUGAUUAGUGCAGGUUUCUUUCCUGAUGUAGACACUGGCUCUUUCAGACUUUUGGAUCUGGGUUCAGGAGUUGCUGUAGUCAAAAAAACAAAAAAA